AUGAGGCUCUCGCAGGCUCUUCUAAUUGCCCUUACCACCUACUCCGUCGGAGUCUCUGCCCAGUUCGGCGGCUUUGGUGGCGGUAACGGUGGUGGCUUCGGCGGUGGCAACAACGGCGGCCAAGGCGGUAACAACGACCAAGGUGGCAACAACAAUGGUCAAGGCCAAGACCAGAACGGCCAGAACGGCCAGAACAACGGCGGCAACAAUAACGGUCAAGACCAGAACAACAACAACAACAAUGGUGGUGACAACGGUGGCAACAAUAAUGGCGGCGGCGCCACUCUGCAAGGAAAUGCUCGCCAGGACGCCAGUGCCGACACCGGUGGUGCAGAUGCUGAGGCUGGCCAGGCCGAUUCCGCUACGGAUGACAACAACUUCAUUAACUUCUGUGCCGGCAAGCAACUCACGAAUGGUCAACAAGUUCAAGGCGGCUCCUGCAACGGCAUUGUCAUGGGUGAAAUCCCCAGCACCGGCAACAUGAUCUCUUCGUUCUUCCAGAACCCCACGAACGGCGACGAUAUCCAGGCCGACCAGACGUUCACCAUUGACGUCCAAGUCGACAACCUGGAAGCUGGUACCUUCACCAAUCCCGACACAACUUACUACUCUGCCCCACAAGCACUGCAGAACGGCAGAAUCGUUGGCCACACCCACGUUACCUGCCAGGUCACCCAGGGUAACAACCCUCCCAACCCGCAAGAAUUCGCUUUCUUCAAGGGUAUCAACGAUGCCGGCAACGGCAAUGGCCUGCUCUCCGCUGAGGUUGAGGGUGGUCUUGCUGCCGGUAGCUACCGCUGCUGCACCAUGACUUCCGCUGCCAACCAUCAGCCAGUCAUCAUGCCUGUUGCCCAACGUGGUGCUCAAGAUGACUGCAUCCAAUUCACCGUUGGUCAGGGCAACGGUGGGAACAACAACAACAACAACAACAACAACGGCGGCGGCGGUAACAACAACAAUGGCCAGGACCAGAACAAUAACAACAAUGGCGGCCAGGACCAGAACAACAAUAACGGCGGCCAGGAUCAAGGCCAGAACGGUCAAGGUCAAGAUCAAGGACAGAACGGUCAAGGCCAAGGCGGCAACGGUGGCUUCGGCGGCCAGGGCGGCGGUUUCGGCGGUGGCCAGGGUGGGGGCUUCGGUGGGGGCUUCGGCGGCCGUAAGAAGGGCAGAUUCAUGGCCCGUGGCUACGUCGCCUAA